UUUCACCAUGGAAACCAAGACGAACGUCAAGUUUACACACACACUUAAACCCAUCUAGCAUUCUAGCAAAGCAGGGAAAAUAUUUACUCUGCGCAUUCAACAAGCUAGCAAAGGCUAUUCAAACGUUCCUUAUGUAUGUAAAUCUAAUUUGCAGCGCUAAACUACAGUCCUGCUAGCUACACUUUAGCUAGCUAACGUUGAUACGGUACCUCUAGCCUAGUCUAGAGAGAAGAUAAGUACAGGACUGUAGAGCUAGCAUAGACAAGCUACAGUCAAUACGCUACGCUAAGGAACCUGCUAGCUAGCUAAAGUACACCCAUAAACACGCAUGUUUAUCCACACAAAAUAAAUCAGCAACGUGACAAUGUUCAAGGCGAAGAUUAUUGUAAUUGGACCGAGUGAGAGUGGAAAAACGGUAUUGUCCAACUUCCUUUCUGACACAGUGGAGACAAUUGGUGGAGAGUAUAAUCCCACUCAGGGGGUCAGGAUCCUGGAAUUUGAAUCACAAAAUGAAGGCAGUGACAAAUACUCCAGUUGUGAGGUGGAACUCUGGGACUGUGCUGGUGAUUUCAGGUUUGAAUCCUGCUGGCCAGCUUUGAUGAAAGACGCCAAUGGUGUGAUCAUCGUGUUUAAUCCAGAUGUGCCAAACCACUUAAAAGAGGUAGAGACAUGGUAUUCGAUGUUCAUUGCCUCUCAGGGGUUGCAGGAUAACCAGUGUCUUCUGAUGGCUCACCACAAGCCUGGCAGUGGGGCAGAUAACAUACAACCACCACUAGCCUCAAAUUUAAACAGAAUAACACUCAUUCACUCUAACCUGGAAGAGGAGCCAGAGGACGUGAGGCAAGGUUUCCAAAAAUACUUAGAAGACGUCGUCCAUACGUUGUCAGAGAGCAGAGAACAAGAGGAGAUGUCAAUCAUUACCUAAUGCUGUGUCCAAAUAUGUAAAACUGUAUGCAAGCCUCAAUUCUUCCAUUUAGCUGAUCUUGGAAAUCUAAAAAAUUCCAAAACUAAUGGCAUGCAUCAGCUAGUUACUUGGUCUUCAAAAGGAUUGGCAUUGAUCAGUUAGGUAUUUUGUACCUUUUUUUUUAGGCUGGAAUUAGCAAUUUAAAAGGUAACAUGACUGUGAAUACACUUUACUUGUAAACUAAAUGUGUUAAUUUAUUCAAAUAAAUUUUCUAAA